AUGCCGUAUCGCGAUGGUACAACAAGUGAACUUGUCAUCGAGAAUGGAGGUCAAUCGCCAACAAAAGUUAUGGUAAACAUUUUCAAUUUCCAAUAUCAACGACACGAAUUACCACCCCUGUACACAUUCGACAAUUUUGAUAUUUGCUUUGUUAAUAACACUACCUCCUCCGAACUUGGUUCCACCUAUUGUAUGGUUUAUGCCGAAAUACAAGAAGAUAACAGCAAUGAUUUGUGGCAAAAAAUCAGGACGCAUAAUGCCUUUAAAUAUCACUAUCGGAAUGAUCGUUUAUUUUUUGGACUUUGUCUCAGUCGAUGUAUGGAAUAUAUGGAGAAUCAGCAACUCACUGAUGGAAAUUUCACCAUUAACAAUGAUAUCACCCAAUUUUUCGAACAAGUACACAAACAGCCAUUGGAUCUUGAAAUACGUUCAAAGUACUCUCAAAUGAUACAUCGGUGUUUGAAUGAUGAAAUUCAAAGAAAAUAUGGUUUGAAAUUGAAAACCUUUGUGGAAUAUUGUGAGCGUAGAAGACCAGGGGAAAUUGAUGGAGGGGAAAAGGGUUGGCGCCUCUUGACCUCAUUUUCACUUAGCCGCAACUAUUUCCGUCUAACCCAGCCAUAUCGCGGUAAGGUGGGUGAACAAUUUACCUAUUUAGAUGGAUUACGAUCGAUAAGCACAAUCUUAGUGCUAUGUGCCCAUUCCUUCUAUUUAGAAUGCCAGCCAAUUGCAAAUCCAGAAUUUUUUGAAAAUUUUGGAAAAUCCAGCAUAGGAUUAAUGAUUCUCAAUAGCACCGUUAUCACGGAGACAUUUAUGAUAAUGAGUGGCCUUUUGCUCCAUAUGAAAUUUUCUCAAACGAUGACUGUAACAGCGCACAGUAAUUGGAAAAAAUGUUUGCAAAUCUUUGUGCAAAUACAAAUCAGUCGUUAUGUGAGAUUCCUUCCCACCCUGAUUGCCAUGAUCGGGGUGAAUGCAACACUAUUGCAACGUUUUGGUGAUGGUCCUUAUUGGCGUCAUCUUAACGAGCCGAGUCGCAUCUUUAGCCGUGAAAAUUGGUGGAAAAAUCUAUUAUUGAUUAAUAAUUUUUCACCGCGGGAUACUGUAAAUCCGUAUACUUGGUAUUUGGCAGCGGAUUUUCAAUUAUUAGCAUUAUACACAAUGAUAUUAAUUGUUAUAUUCAAAUUCCCAAAGUAUAAAAAACCUAUCCUCAUUACAAUGGGCUGUUUGGCAGUCAUCAUACCAACCACCAUAAGUUAUGUCUUCAAAUUGGAUUCUUCAUUUAUGCUCAGACCAGAAACCUAUCGUUAUAACUUUAUUAAAGAUUAUAAACUCUACACUCACACCUAUACACCAUUCUAUACCAAUAUGGGUGGUUACCUCUGCGGUUUGGUGUGUGGUGAAAUAUAUCAGAACUAUCUGCGCGACGAAGAGAAACGUCAACGUUUCCAAAAAAUAUUUAAAUAUUUAUGGAUACUGCCACCUAUGGCUGGAUUUUUAAUAAAUUAUAUAGGGUCAAUUGUUAUAUUCCAUGAACCCUCUAUAUGGACUGCCUUGUAUACGGGUCUACAUCGUAAUUUCUGGAUUAUAUUGGUGUGUGGUAUACCAGUCGUGGCUAUGACAAGCAAUAGGGAGUCACUUGCUAGUGAAUUUUGUAGUCUACCAAUAUUUCGUGUAUUUGCCCGCCUAACACCGCAAAUUUAUCUGUGGCACUGUCUGGUACUUCAGGUGACGACGACCUAUCAUCGGCAGCCGCAAUAUCUUAAUAUGGUGCAAUUUAAUUCUCAAACUAUGAUUACUUUAACUUUUUCGACGGUGGUGGCAUUUUUCGGCUACUUGCUUCUGGAACUACCAUUUUCACAGGCCUUAGAGGCAUUAGUGAUGCAAAGAAAGAAAUUGGAUGCAGCGAAACCUGAGAAGGAGGCAAAGAUCCAAUAG